AUGGUGUCGCGUCUUGUUUCUCCAUUGUGGAGGAUUUGCUUUGCGCUCGCAGCUGGUGUGCUUUUGUCUUCUGCAUAUGCUGUCACCAGCGACGCUACCUCUGUUGGGGAGCUGACUGUAAGACAGAUUGAGGAUGAAUUGCAGAACUGCCCCUUUGUGGAAGGCCUCAAUAAGCACAAACGCGCCAGCAGCCCCCAAACCACCAGUCUGACUUCCAAGAUCUUUUCCAUUCUCUUCCCUGGAAGUCCCGCCGUCAAUGCCAUUCUGGCAACAGUAUAUAUCUCCGGUCCUCCCAAUUUCCUGCUCGCACUAUGUCCACCCAAUAUCGAUCCCUCCUCGUUGUCCGUCAUGGUCGCAUUUGCUGUCGGGGGUUUACUAGGCGACACACUCUUCCAUCUUCUCCCCGAAAUUUUCCUAGGCGAGGAUGCCCAGGACCACGUCCGUUUCGUCAUGGUCGAACCGAACCGCAACCUCCUGCUGGGCUUGGGCAUCAUGGUGGGGUUCUUCACCUUCGUCGCGAUGGAUAAGACAUUGCGUAUUGCAACCGGUGGUGCAGGACACGACCACUCCCAUGGCCACAGCCACAGCCACAGCCACAGGGACGGGAAUGAUAAACCCGUAGCUGUCACAAGCAGCCGCGACACUGGCACCAAAGAGCUCAAACAUCGCAAAUCGCACCCGUCCGAGUCCAGCCCAGCUCAACCAACGGAGGACACAAACAAGGAAAUCAACCCCAGCGUCAAGCUAGGCGGAUAUCUUAACCUCAUCGCCGACUUCACACACAACAUCACCGACGGCCUCGCCAUGUCGUCAUCGUUCUACGCUUCGCCAACAAUCGGCGCCACUACCACCGUUGCCGUCUUCUUCCACGAAAUCCCCCACGAGGUCGGUGACUUUGCGCUUCUUAUACAGUCCGGGUUCUCGAAGCGCAAGGCUAUGGGCGCUCAAUUCGUUACCGCCAUCGGUGCCUUUCUGGGCACGUUCAUCGGCAUCGCGGUGCAGGAGUUUGGCGGGAACAGUCACACCGGCGAUGUUGAUUCGGUGGCCGUCGGUCUGCUGGGUACGAGCUUGACUUGGGGUGAUAUGCUUCUGCCUUUUACGGCGGGGACCUUUCUCUAUGUUGGCACGGUAUCGGUGAUUCCAGAGCUGUUGGAGACGGGCAAGAAUAAGCGAGCCGAGAUCAAGCAGACAAUUGUUCAGUUUUUGGCUGUAGCUCUUGGUGCGGGUAUUAUGCUUGCGAUCUCUUGGGUUUAA